UUGAGGCACUCUUGUCCAGAGACGCUUUCUAAAGUGACAGGCCAUCAAACAUCGGAAUAUCCUAAACGAGCAAUUAUCCACAGCAGUUAUGGAUGAUAAGUUGAGAACCUUCCAAGUUUGGGACUAUGUGGUUUUUUCCUGCCUUUUUGUGGUCUCCUCUGGCAUUGGGGUUUUCUUCGCCGUGAAGGAACGCAAGAAGGAGCCCUCCAAGGAGUUUUUGGUCGGGGGGAGACAGAUGUCGUGCGGCCCCGUGGCUCUCUCCCUGACUGCCAGCUUCAUGUCCGCCGUGACGGUGCUGGGGGCGCCCUCGGACGUGUAUCGUUUUGGGGCGUCGUUCGUCAUCUUCGGGGUGGCCUACACCUUUGUGGUGUUCUUCACAGCCGAGCUCUUCCUGCCUGUCUUCUACAGGUCAGGGAUAACCAGCACAUACGAGUAUCUUGAGCUGCGAUUCUGCAAGGGAGUCCGAAUAGCUGCAACCCUCAUCUACAUGAUACAAACGAUACUCUAUACUGGGAUUGUUGUUUACGCUCCUGCCCUGGCCCUAAAUCAAGUGACAGGCUUUGAUCUCUGGGCCUCCAUAUACGCCACUGGAAUCGUGUGCACCUUUUACUGUACUCUGGGUGGCUUGAAAGCGGUGGUGUGGUCAGAUGCCUUCCAGAUGGUGGUCAUGGUGACCGGCUUCCUUGUGGUGCUGGUCCAGGGAGCCAUGAAGGCGGGGGGGCUGGCCAACGUCUGGGAGAAGGCUCUCGACGGACAAAGGCUAGAUGUGUUUGAUUUUGACCCCUCUCCUCUGAGGCGCCACACCUUCUGGACCGUCACCAUCGGAGGGACCUUCACCUGGCUCGGCGUCUACGGGGUUAACCAGUCUACCAUCCAGCGCUGCAUCUCCUGCAAGACAGAGACACACGCACGCCUAGCCUUGUACUUUAACCUGCUGGGUUUACUGGUUAUCCUGGCGUGUGCAGUGCUGUCGGGUCUCAUUAUGUACGCCUACUACGUCAGCUGUGACCCUUGGACCGCAGGCCAGGUGCAGGCCCCAGACCAGCUCAUGCCAUACUUCGUGAUGGAUAUUCUGGGCGAGCUUCCAGGUCUGCCAGGCCUCUUUGUUGCCUGUGCCUUCAGUGGGACUUUGAGCACUGUGGCUGCCAGUAUAAAUGCUCUGGCCACCGUCACGUAUGAGGACUUUGUCAGCCAGUGCUGUUCGGAUCUCUCCAACAAGGCAGCAGCAUGGAUCAGCAAGGGCCUGUGUAUUGUGUUUGGCGUUUGCUGCACUUCAAUGGCAAUUGCAGCAGCUUACAUGGGAAGCGUUGUUCAGGCAGCUCUAAGUAUCCAUGGGAUGUGUGGCGGCCCCAUGCUCGGCCUCUUCUGCCUCGGCAUCGUUUUCCCCUGCACCAACUCCAAAGGAGCAGCCAUUGGCCUGAUAGUGGGCAUCGCUCUGUCCUUCUGGGUGGGCAUCGGGGCCUUCCUCCACCCCGCCUCACCCCUCACCACCCACCCCCUGCCCCUCAGCGUGCAGACCUGCUCAGCCAACACCUCAGCCAUCAACAUGACGACCAGCACACCCCUCCUCAGCAGCAGCCCCGCACCCCUCACUACAGAUGGGUCUGCUCUGGAUUCGUGGUACUCGAUCUCCUAUCUGUAUUACAGUGCAGUGGGAUACAUAAGCACAGUAGUCACCGGAUUAAUCAUCACCGCUGUCCUAGGCGGCACCGACCCGACGGAGGUGAAGCCGGGCCUCAUCCGGCCCGUGUGUAACCUCUUCUGCUUCUUCUCCAAGAGGCUGCGACGCAAGUGUUGGUGUGGAGUUGACCAUGACGACGAGCAGUGUUGGGAUUUGGGGAGCACAGAGCUGGGAGAAGACAAGUGUCCACCUAACGGCUCUUCUGUUUUCAGAAUGCAGGAGACUGCUGCAUACGCCAAUCAGGCUUUUGUAAAAGAUUCACAGACAUAAAGUUUUUUUUUGUAUGACCAAUAUUUACUUGUUCUGAAAAAGUCACAUGUUUUUGCACACGUAAGGUUAAGUAUACAAACUGAUGAAUUUGAUAGGUAAACCGUACAAGAGAUGGUAAAAUAAAGUGUAAACAAGCAUAACAAACAAAUCAAA